AUGGUUGGCCUCCCGGAGAGCCGUAAACAGGCCAUCUACUGCGCUAUGGGUCGCACGAUUGCUGCUGCCACCUUCUGGGCCACAUUCUGCCUGGGUACCGGUGCCUUCCUGCCGGCUGCGGCCGUCCGGCCAACGGCAGUUCUAAAACACUUUGAUAGCCUCGCAUUUAACGCCAUAGAACUCGCCAAGAUUUUUGGCCGGUUGUCCGAUCCGUCGCCCAUCGGCAGCGUGCUCAAAACACCGAACUGCCACGUCGCCGGUGUAGACACGCGCCGCCCAUGCAAGUGGCGCUCCAUUUUCGACCACGACGACGAGAGCCUGUCUCGGUCGCAGUUCUCUAAGCGGCUUGCAGCCGCGCAGUUAGACUGGCCAACGUACUACGUUGCAAACAGACAGCCGCUGUUCCUGGUGCCUGAGAGGCAGCGUCACAAGUUUAAGCUCAAAGGGUAUCUCGGAAACGUGGCGAUUGACACGCCGAGAGUAGGGGACGCAAAGGACGGUUCCGCUGCCAUUUCGGGGCGAGCACUGAAGAGCAUAGCCGAGCAACCGCUAGAAGAAGAGGCUGUUGACUCCGUGUUCAUGGCACUUAGCCACGAGGAGGAGAAACUCACGAUCAACCACAUACUAGCGUUCAUCAGGUAUCGGUCCCCGCUGUUGCGCAUGGUCAACUGGGAGGCGUUCUUGGCUUCGCUUCCGGUCGGACCAGACGACAUACCAAUUUGA